AUGUCGAACGAUAGCACAACUUCUACUAAUACAACUCUACAACUUCUCGAUUUAACAAUAGACAAUAUAACAAAAAAUGUAAAAUUGGUCAAUAGUCAAACACCCAAUACUCGAUUAAAAUUCUUAAUGGAAAAAUUAGUUGAUUAUCUUCAUAAUUAUGUACGUGAAACUCGACCCACAAUUGAAGAAUUCAACGAGACAAUGAAAUUUUUAGCUGAAUGUGGACAUAUGUGUACUAAUGUUCGACAAGAAUUUGUUUUAUUAAGUGAUAUAUUAGGUGUCAGUGUUCUUGUUGAUGCAUUAAACAAUCCUAAACCAACAAAUGCUACAGAAUCUACUGUUUUAGGACCAUUUUAUACUGAUGAUGCACAAGAUGUAGCUAAUGGUGAUAGUAUUGCAUCACCAGGUAAAGGAGAAAUAUGUCUUGUACUUGCUACAAUUAAAGAUACCAAGGGUAAUCCAAUUGAAGGAGCUAAGAUUGAUGUUUGGGAAACGGAUAGUAAUGGUCGGUAUGAUAAUCAAUAUGAUGAACGAGAUAGACCAGAUAUGCGUGGUCGACUUACGUCGAAUAAAAAUGGAGAAUUCUUUUUUAAAUGUGUAAAACCAGUAUCAUAUCCUAUAUCUAGUGAUGGUCCUGCUGGGAAACUUCUAGAAACACUUCACCGACCUGCUCGUCGACCAGCACAUAUACAUUUUCGUAUUUAUGCUCCUAACAGUACAUAUGAUGAUUUAGUUACAGCAUUAUAUAUCCGUGGUGAUCCAUAUGAAUCAAAUGAUGCUGUUUUUGGUGUUAAAAAAAGUCUUAUUGUAGAUGUUGGAAAAGUAGAAGAUGCAUCACUAGCAAAGAAAUAUGAUGUUAAUGAACAAGAUUGGUUGAUUAGAUAUAAUUUUGUUCUGACAACAAGAGAUGAAACUCAAGCAUUGCUCACAAUGCCUACAGCCGAUUAA